UUUUUUCCUGCUUUAAGGCAUGAAUCAGAUCGCAAUUCAGUGGGAUGUGAUCAUAAUUCUUUAUAUCCUCUUUAGCUGGUGUCAUGGAGGUAUUACAAAUAUAAAUUGUUCUGGUCACGUCUGGGUAGAACCAUCCACAGUCUUUAAGAUGGGUAUGAAUGUCUCUGUAUAUUGCCAAGCAGUAAUUAGGAAUUGCCAACCAAGGACAUUCCAUUUCUACAAAAAUGCCAACAAAGAAGAACUGCACAUCACUAGGAUUAAUGAAACAACAGCACAGCUUCAGUAUACAAACUUUAUGGAACCGCAUGCCUCUAUGUACUGCAUUGCUGAAUGUCUUGGACAACGGAAGAUGAUACUGAUAUGUGGAGAGGACAUCUCUUCUGGAUAUCCACCAGAUGCUCCUAAGGAGGUGACCUGUGUCAUUCAUGAAUACUCUGGCAAUAUGACUUGUACCUGGAAUACUGGGAAACUCACCUACAUAGCCACAAAGUAUGUGGUACAUUUGAAGAGUUUAGAGACAGAAGAGGAGCAACAAUAUGUCGCCUCAAGUUUUAUUAACAUCUCUACUGAUUCAUUACAAGGUGGCAAGAAGUAUUUAGUUUGGGUACAAGCUGCAAAUGUGCUAGGCACAGAGACAUCAGAACCACUGCAAAUUGACCUGGAUGAUAUAGUGAUACCUUCUGCAUCCAUCAUUUCCAGGGCUGAGAAUACAAAUGCCACUGUGCCUAAGACUAUCAUUUACUGGAAUAGUCAAACAACCAUUGAAAAGGUUUCCUGUGAAAUGAGAUACAGGGCUACAACAAAUCAAACUUGGAAUGUUAGAAAAUUUGACACCAACUUUACAUAUGUGCAGCGGUCAGAGUUCUGCUUGGAGUCAAACACUACUUACGUGUUUCAAGUGAGAUGUCAACAAACAGGUAACAAGUACUGGCAGCCCUGGAGUUCAUCCUUCGUUCAUAAGAUGCCUGAAACAAUUUCCCAGGUCAUGCCAAAAUCAGUUCACCACAAUACUCAGAAUUCUGGCCUUCUAGUGGCUUCCAUCUUUAAAGAACAACUUAUUUCUGACAAUAGACAAGACAUUGGACUUUUGUUGGGAAUGGUCUUCUGUGCUGCUCUGUUGUCAAUUCUCUCUUUGAUUGGGAUAUUUAACAGAUCACUCCGAACUGGAAUUAAAAGAAGAAUCUUACUGCUAAUACCAAAGUGGCUCCACGAAGAUAUUCCUAAUAUGGAAAACAGUAAUGUUCUGAAAUUGCUACAGGAUAAAAGUGAAUUUAUGAAUAAUGACCUGAGUGAACAAGUGUCAUAUGCGGACCCUGUGAUUACAGAGAUAGGAGAAAUCAUUCUUUCAGAAAAACGCAAGCCUGCAGAUGUUAGAAAGGAAACGAGCACAGGAUUCCAGGAGACACACGGCUGCCUGCAGGAGUCACUGUCUGCCAGUUCUGCACCUGUAUACAUUCCUGACCUCAACACUGGAUAUAAACCCCAGAUUUCAAAUAUUCUCGACAAGAGUGAUGAGAGAGCCUCCUCAACUCUGGAAACACCAACCGACACCCUAGACCUGGGAAAGGAUUUCAGGUUUAAAAAACAGCCACAUUUCGCUUUUUCUAUUUCCAGCAUGAAUUCUCUAAGCAACACACUGCUUUUUGAAGAGUUAAGCCUCAUUUUAAACCAAGGAGAGUGCAGUCAUCCUGACAUAGAAAACUCAGUAGAUACAGGAGCCACCAUGCUUUUGGAAAACAGUACGCCCAAUGAGACUGAGCCAGAACAGACCUUGCUGCCUGAUGAAUUUGUCUCCUGUUUGGGGAUCAUGAACAAGGAGUUGCCUUCUCCUCAUUCUUAUUUUCCACAAAGUAUUUUGGAAAACAAUUUCAAGAAGAUUUUACUCUUGGAAAAGUAGGACUAUGUGGCCAAAAACUAUAUGGAAAAGCUACCUUGCAGCUGGAACUUGAAUCUCCUCCUCAAGAGAAAUUUAAUUCAUUCUCAUUUUGAAAAAAAAAUCAGAGAAUUAAGGUCCAAAGAAAGAACAUGAUUCAAGAUCUAGAGAAAAGUAGCAUUCCUAUAUCUGAGUUUAAAGUAUUGGUUGUUUCCUCUUUCUAUCCCUCCACAAAAUGGGCAGAGCAGCCCUCUAUUCUGUAUAAAGUAAGGAUGCAUGAUAAAAAAUAUGUGGUGAGAAAUCAAACACUGAAAACAGUGCU